AUGUAUAAUCAACCUCCACCAUGGCACACAUCUAAUGUCAAAACGGAGAUACGGAAGCGUCGCUGCGUGAGCGAAUACUCUCAAAGGCAGAACCAGCAGAGAGGUAGCCAAUUGAGAGCAAGGCGCAACGGUCGGAGAAUCAUGGCAGGUGGAGCUGGAGCUGGAGGUCCGAGCGAUGAUGAGCUUCUGGGAAGCCAAUUCGUGUGGGAUGUGCAACAUCAAGCCCCACCCACAUUCACCUCACAUAACCCACAGACUCACACAGUUGCCGAGGAAGCUGAAGACGCCAAUUCCAUCUUCUCUGACAGUUCGCUGGUGGACAUAACAUCGCAGCACGCCGAGCCCGAGGCGGAAGACGUGGCAGCCUCCGACUUUGAGGAUCUUGGUGACGACGAACUUCCUCAGCUUGACGGCAGUAGAGAGGCCACCAACGGAUAUCACAUCGACCAGACUGGGCUCAGGCGCAAGGAGAGGAGGCGGACGUCUGGAAGAUCGAUUAGGCAGGCACAGCAUAGUGAAGAAGCAGAAAUGGAAGGGCCAGGCAACCACGAGUAUGACCAGGACUGGCCGCAAGCUGGACCCAACGCCGAUGCGGUAGAUCUGGCCGGCCCUGGCUUGGAGGGAUCCCUCAACUGCCAGGUCACGAAACCCCAGAAGGAGGGCGAAGGUACACAAAACACCUACAUCACAUACCUGGUCACAACCGACACAGACUUCAAAUCCUACCAGUCCACGCACUCCUCAGUACGGCGCCGCUUCAAAGACUUCGACUUCCUCCACAAGAUGCUCGGGCGAGAGUACCCGCAAUGCGCCAUUCCUCCAAUACCCGACAAGCAGCAACUCAGCUACGUACGCGGUGAUCGCUUCGGCUCGGACUUCAUCAACAGGAGAGCAUUCUCACUAUCACGAUUCCUUAAACGCCUGACACUCCAUCCUGUGCUCCGGCGAGCAGCAAUCCUCACUCUCUUCCUCGAAUCCAUAGACUGGAACGGCGUAAUGAAAGGCAGAUCGACACGCGGCAUGUCCGGCAGCGAAAGCGGCAGCGGCUCCGUGCUAGAAACCUGGACCGACAGCUUCCUCAACGCCUUCACCAAGCCCCACAAGACCGACAAGAAGUUCCAAGACGUCGGCGAGCGGGCGAACAAACUCGACGACGAUCUAGGCACCGUCAGCAAAACCGUCGCACGAGUAGCGAAGCGGGAAGGCGACCUCGAAGCCGACUACGCCGACCUCGCCGUCCAAUUCCAGAAACUCGCCGCCCUCGAACCAGGCGUCCAAGACGAACUCACCAAAUUCGCCGCAAGCGUGCACGAAACGAGUGGAGGCUGGCGAGAUUUGAAAGAGCAUACCGAUCAAGACUACCUUAGCUCUUUGCACGACAUGGAAGCCUACAUCAAGAGCAUCAAAUCCCUCCUCAAGACUCGCGAACAGAAACAGCUCGAUUUCGAGGGGCUGACCGAGUACCUGAACAAAGCUGCGCAAGAGCGCGACACGCUUGCUUCGCAUGGCAGUAUGGGCGCGUCGGGAUUCUUGCGGCAGAAGAUAGAGGACGUGAGGGGUGUAGAUCAUGAGCAAUCGCGUCGGGAGCGGCAGAGGAAGCUCGAGGUGCAGAUCAGUCGGCUCACGACCGAGGUCGAGGCCGCGAGGAAGACGAGUCAGGCGUUCGAUAGUGAGACUAUGAAAGAAGUGGGUGAUUUUGAGAGGAUCAAGGCCCAUGAGUUCAGGGAUACACUUGGGGGGCUGGCGGAGGCGAAUAUUGCGUUCUUUGAGGGCAAUAUUUUGAUCUGGGAGAAGUUUGUUAAGGAGAUGGAGAAGGCGCAGGCGCAGGCUCAGGCGCAGGAAGGUGCGGGAGCUGCGCAGUGA